AGAAAAUGUUCAAGCAUCCGUUCCAGAAGAGACAAGUUUUGUUUGAGAAUUAUUGUCAAUUUUUUCCAUGUUUUCAGGUAUUCUUUGACUGCUGACAAAUUUUAGAACUGGGACUGGCAGAAAUUGGGCGAAAAUGAAUGAAAGUGAAACCGAAAGUGAAAUUGAAAGAAUGAUUGCUGAAGCUAGUACAGAGGCAAUAAACUAUUCACUUACUUUGGGAGAACCAACAUCUUCGAUAGAAAUGGACAUGCCGCUAGCUGUUAAAAAUUGCAACAGUUUUAAAGUAACAACCCCACCAAAACCUUCAAGUAGAAAAAGAUCGAGGAAACAAAGUCAUCAAGAUGUCAAACAAGAUGAUUGUGAAUUUAUUGAGAUGAAAAUAAGACUCCAAGAUAGUCCAGACAAUAAAGAAUCGCGUGAAGCAAAUGACAUAUCAUUGAGGAGAGCAUUUGACAUUCUUGACAGCAUUGCAGAGGAUAGUGAAAAUGACAAAGAUAUUGAGAAACACAUCAUGGAUGUUUUGAACUCAAAAAACUUCAACAGCUGGCAUCAUGAUUUGGGGUCACAUCUUCUGAACAGUUAUGGGAAAGAUGAGGAUAUAUUCCAAACAGCCUCCCUUGAUGAAUUGAUACAGAUGCCCAAACUUGGAGAAACAG